AUGGAGAAGCGGGAAGACGGUUUCAAAAAGGAGACCGUGGACCGACUGCUCCGCCUCCACUUCCGGGACAGCAGGACCCGAGUUAGCGGCGACGCGCAGCUGUUGAUGGCGGAGAUGCUGAAGGUCUUCGUCCGAGAAGCUGCGGCACGAGCAGCGCGGCAGGCACAGGCUGAGGACGUGGAGAAGGUGGACAUCGAGCAUCUGGAGAAAGUGCUGCCACAGCUGCUUCUAGACUUCUAGAGGCCUCGU